CCCCAGCGUUUAGAACAGUGCUUUGCACAUGUCCAUCAUCCUCCCAGUUUACAAUGCCGAAGCUUGGUUGCCAGAGUGUUUGAAUUCCAUUUUAGAGCAAGACUUUCAAGGCACUCUGGAGCUAUCCAUUUUUAAUGAUGCCAGCCAGGACAAUUCAAUAAACAUAAUUGAAAAAUGGAAGGAUCGGCUCGAAGACCUGGGUAUCCGAGUGAUUAUCGGUGGACAUAACUCUCCGUCUCCCAAAGGAGUUGGAUAUGCUAAAAAUCAAGCAAUAAAACAGAGUUCGGGGACUUACCUGUGCUUUCUGGAUUCAGAUGACGUGAUGCUGCCUCAGAGAGUCAGAUUACAGCACGAAGCUGCCAUCCAGCACCCAAACAGCAUUAUUGGCUGCCAGGUGACUCGAGAACCCCAGGACUCUACAGAACGUUACACUCGUUGGAUCAAUCACCUCACCCCUGAACAGCUGGUCACCCAGGUGUAUACCGCCUACGGGCCCACAGUCAUCAUGCCAACCUGGUUCUGUGCCCGAGAAUGGUUCUGCCACGUGGGCUCCUUUAACGAGGGGGGAAAGGGCAUCCCAGAAGACUUGCUGUUCUUUUACGAUCACCUUCGGAAGGGCGGUGGACUCUACCGCGUAGACCAAUGCCUCCUCCUCUACCGCUACCAUCCGCAGGCCGCGACUCAUUCUGUGUUGGAACGCACCAUCUGGAACCACCGAGUCCGGUUUCUAGAAGAGAGAGCUCUUCGACACUGGCCUUCUUUCACCAUCUGGAAUGCCGGCAAGCAAGGCAGGAAGCUCUACCGAAGCCUGACCCCAGCUAACCAGAAGAAGGUCGUUGCCCUUUGCGACGUGGACGAAAAGAAGAUAGCGAAAGGAUGGUACACCUACGAGGACUGCCAGGAGAGACCCAAACCCAAGAUACCAAUACUGCAUUUCCAAGAUGCCAAGCCUCCUUUUGUGAUCUGCGUUAAGUUGGACCUGACCGGAGGAGAGUUUGAGGACAACCUGAAGACACUGUGCCUGCAGGAAGGACUGGAUUACCACCAUUUCAGCUGAGAACCACCAGGGGCUACCGGCAGGGCUGUCACCGCAGAGCACCAGGACCGUAGGAGCGAGACUUCCUGACCAUGGGCCCGGUCCUCUCGAUGAGAUGAAGACAGCAGGCUCAAGGGCCAGGCAUUCAACCGCUCCUCUGACUUAAAUCCCUUUGUGGCUGGCCGGUGGCCUCACUGGGGGAGGGGGACAGGUCUGCUUGCCCCCAUUUCUCCACCCUCAGUUUUGUUCCAGGCCUUUUGCUUCAGGGUACGACUCCCUCAUUGAGAUUUUCUGGACUCCUGGCUGUAGCACUUCGAACGACAGAGCAGACUUUAGGCUUUCUUCAACACCAAUCAAAGUGAACGGUUGGUAUUGUAGCUACCCCGGGGCUGAGCACAGCAUUUGGCACCGAGUAAGUGACAGAUACCACCACCAUGAUGAUGAUGAUUGUUAUAUUAUGGAUUACUUCCUGUAGGACAGCCAACACUGUAGUGGAUUUCUCAGGUUUGGCUGUGUACCGUGUCUGGAAUGUACCACUAGAGGAGGAAAGCUGUCUGAACACUCCCCUUCCACUAGGAGCUCUACCUUUCCCGGUUCUAACCCAUCGAUGGUAUUUACUGAGCACUUACUGUGUGCAGAGCACUGUACCGAGUGCUUGGGAGAGAACAAAA